AUGUUGAUCGAUGACAAAAGUAAUGAUCAGCAACAACAACUUGAAAAUGGAUCCUCGGGAAUGAAUGUAGAGGGAGGAAGAGAUGGAGGAGUUCAGUUGAAGAAGGGGCCGUGGACGGCGGCGGAGGAUAGUAUUUUAACGGAGUAUGUAAGGAGACACGGCGAGGGUAACUGGAAUGCCGUGCAGAGGAACAGCGGAUUGGCCCGUUGUGGCAAAAGUUGCAGGCUCCGUUGGGCUAACCAUUUGAGGCCAAAUUUGAAGAAAGGCGCUUUCUCUCCUGAAGAAGAAAGACUUGUUGUCGAAUUGCACGCUCAGCUUGGUAACAAAUGGGCUCGCAUGGCUGCUCAGUUGCCGGGAAGAACUGACAAUGAAAUCAAGAACUACUGGAAUACAAGAGUCAAGAGACGCCAGCGCCAAGGGCUGCCGCUGUAUCCACCGGAAAUUCAGCCGCAGCAUAAGCACCAGCAACUCAGCCCUGCAGAGUCUUCACAAUCUCAUCAUUAUCAUUCAACUCCUUCAACUCCCACGAGUUCAAAUUCACCUUCCUUCUGUUUUCACACAAGUCCCACCGCCACUCACCACCACCACCACCACCACCAUCCAUACUCUCCGCAGUGCUUCAGCCGCAGCCGCACCCAAAUUCCCACCUCUCUCUCCCCAACCCCUCCACAACUCUCCCCUACCAUCCAGUCUCCAACUUUCCCAACUCUUUCUCUCUUUAACUCCACAAAUGGCUAUCAAACCAACCAUCCAAACUCAGCUACAAAUAUGAGCAACGCCUUUAUUAUCUCUAGAGCUCCUCCUAUUCUCCAAAACCCAAUUCGUUUCAAACGUUUUCAUCCUUCUAACAACAGCCAAAACAUGGAGAAUAGUCAUAAUACUAUGAAUUUGAGUUAUCAAAAUAAGAACUUUUCGCCUCCUUUUAGUCCUCAGUUCUUGAGAAACCCUUCAUCUCCUAUACUAACUCCCCAGAGUACAAACAGUAAUAUUUUCUCAAAUAAUUCUACGUUGUUGUCACAGCCUUCGUUUUCAUCUCUUCCCGUUAACUUCAAUGCUCAAAACUCAUCAAUGAUUCCAAGUCUGGUGGAGAAGGAUGGGUUUUUGAGCAGUGAUUCAGUUGGGUUUAGUUUGAAUCCGGAGCUCCCUUCAAUUCAAGCGUUGUCUCAGCAAAAUGGAAAUGGUUUUGAUAAUGAGAAGUUGAGUGUGUCGAGCAGUGGAAGUGGGUUGUUGGAGGAUCUUUUAGAGGAGGCGCAGGCCAUGGCUAGCAAUUAUGGCAAUAGUUCAAAGCAGCUAAGCGGUGUGGAUUCACUUGAAGAUCAGAACAAGCCUGAGUUUGGUGGGUUCAGUCAAUGGAGUGAUUCAAACUCUGUGAAUAUAUCAUCAGGAAUGAAGCCGAAGGAAGAGAAUGAGCAAGGCCAAAUGAGUACAAUGCAUGAAGACUUAUCAAAAUACCUGAAUGAGAUUCCCUCCACGCAAGUUCCAGAGUGGUAUAAUGACAGUGGCGAAGCCUCAAAUGGCCAAUCUCCAGUAGUAACCGACGAUAAUUUUGGACUUGACAUGCAGCAAAUAGCCUCAUUAUUUCGAGUUGACUCUAACACAGGCCAAGUCAGUGACAAUCAGGGCUCCUGCCCUUUUGAUAAUUUGCUAGGAAUCUGCUAA